AGUGUUGAGAGUGAGGUUGUCUGAGUUCCUCGACUACUCCUGGGUUCCUCUACUCUGGUCACCAUUCGGACAGAAUGUCUUCUAUAAAAGGUCUAAAUCCAGAAAUAAUAACUCAACUUCAUGAUUCAGCUGCAGAAGGAGAUAUUGCCAGGUUAACAGUAAUCCUCACUCAUUCACCAUCUCUUCUCAAUGUAACUUCUAAAAAUGGCUGGACUGCUUUAAUGUUUGCUGCAAGGAACGGACAUCCAGAUGUUGUCCAAUUUCUGCUUGAGAAAGGGUGUGACAGAUCCAUCGUCAAUAAAUCAAAGCAGACCGCACUAGAUAUUGCUAAAUUUUGGGGUUAUAAGCAUAUAGCUAACUUACUAGCUAAUGCGAAAGGUGGAAAGAAGCCUUGGUUUCUAACCAGUGAUGUGGAAGAAUGUGAAAAUUAUUUUAGCAGGACACUACUAGACCGGAAAAGUGAAAAAAGAACUAAUUCUGACUGGCUACUAGCUAAAGAAAGCCAUCCAACCACAGUUUAUAUUCUUUUCUCAGAUUUAAAACCCUUGGUUACUCUAGGUGGCAAUAAAGAAAGUUCUCAACAGCCUGAAGUCAAACUUUGUCAACUGAACUACACAGACAUAAAAGAUUAUUUGGCUCACCCUGAGAAAAUCACCUUGAUAUUCCUUGGAGUAGAACUUGAAAUAAGAAAAGAGUUAUUUAAUUAUGCUGGGGAAGUCCGAAGAGGUGAAGAAGAUGGGUUGGUUGCCUGGUUUGCUCUAGAUAUAGAUCCUGUUGCUGCCGAAGAAUUUAAGCAAAGACAUGAAAAUUGUUAUUUUCUUCAUCCUCCAAUGCCAGCUCUUCUGCAGUUGAAAGAAAAAGAAGCAGGGGUUGUAGCUCAAGCAAGAUCUGUUCUUGCCUGGCAUAGCCGAUAUAAAUUCUGUCCGACCUGUGGAAGUACAACUAAAAUCGAAGAGGGUGGCUAUAAAAGAGUAUGCAUAAAAGAAGACUGCCCUAGCCUCCAUGGUGUUCAUAAUACAUCAUAUCCAAGAGUUGAUCCAGUAGUAAUCAUGCAAGUUAUUCAUCCAGAUGGUACCAAAUGCCUGUUAGGCCGCCAGAAAAGAUUUCCCCCGGGCAUGUUUACUUGCCUUGCUGGAUUUAUUGAACCUGGGGAGACAAUAGAAGAUGCUGUUCGGAGAGAAGUAGAGGAGGAAAGUGGAGUCAAAGUUGGCCAUGUUCAGUAUGUCUCUUGUCAACCAUGGCCAAUGCCCUCCUCCUUAAUGAUUGGUUGCUUAGCUGUGGCAGUGUCUACAGAAAUUAAAGUUGACAAGAAUGAAAUAGAGGAUGCCCGCUGGUUCACUAGAGAACAGGUUGUGGAUGUUCUGACCAAAGGGAAGCAGCAGGCUUUCUUUGUGCCACCAAGCCGAGCUAUUGCACAUCAGUUAAUCAAACACUGGAUUGGAAUGAACCCCAAUCUCUAAAUCAAAUAACUGGGCUGAAUAUUAAUUGAUUUUUAAUACCAUUUAUUUCUCAAGUGAAAUUAAAAUGUCUUGCGCUCGUUAGUGUGUCUCAACACAAAAUAUAUUGGACAUUUGAAAUAUUUUCAAAGUAUAAUUUUAACUUAACCACUGAAUUCAUAUUUUUAUUAAUUACAUUACUGCUUCACAUUUUAUUAAAUCUGAGUAAACCUGCUCAGAACAUUUGUUUUGGUUGUAUUCUACAACUUUAACUCAUAAAACCAUGUUUCUAAUAAAAGCAUCAUGAGGUAGAAAAGUACAUUCUAAAGUGUAAAUAUUACUAAAUUCCAGCAUCUCUUAUAAGAUUAGCCCAGUCACUUAAGUUCUUUUCUGAAAAAUGAGACAAAAUCAUUUGAAUGAGUUUUGAGCUUAUUUUCCAGUUCUUUAAUUGCCAUAGACAUCCUAUUAUUUGUAAUGCCUUCUGUUCUUCCCAUUGUAAUCCACUUUUCUUCUGUUUCCAUUGGUCUGGCAGUGAUACUAUAAUUGUAUUGCUACUACUCCAUUUAAGUCAGUGUUAGAAUUUUUCUCUUAACAGCUCUACUGGCGAUCAGAAUAUCAUUCCUUUAUGGAAGAGAGCUUAAGUGAGAGCAUUCCAUUAUGUCUGGGACCUCUUCCUUAAAUUCAAAAACAAGAUCUUAUUUCAAGAAAUUCUAAGAAGCCUUUAAAAAGUAAGUAUUGGUAGAACACUAGAAGAUUCUAGACAAAAUAAAUUAUAGUAGCUCACAAUUUUGCAUUAAGCACAAUCAUUUUUAAGGCUGUUUAAAUAUUAUUUUAAAAGAUAGUCUCUAAAUGUAUAAAUUUAUAUGAUUUUAGUGUGUGUUAGGACUGGAAGAGGCCCUUCUUAUAUAGAUAAGGAAAAGGAAACCCUAAAAGGUGAAUUUCAUUAAAGGCCAAUCAGUUAAUUAGCUAAUUGGCAAAAGUUACAUAAUUAGAGUUCAUAAUUUAAUACAAUUAAUUAUAAUUACAACUAAAUAACUUAAUUGGUGAGUGUAGGGUUCUCCUAAAAGGAAUUAGAAGCUCUUACUAAGUAUAUGUACAAUAUUAUAAUGAAUGAAAAGAAGUUGAUAAUUUAUCAAAUAUUGUUAACUAAAAACUUCAGAUACUAAAAUUUAUUUGACUUAAAUAAUUUUCAUAGAUAAAACUGUAUUUUACUGAUGGUUUUCUUAUUGAUGAAUUAUUUCUUAUGGGUAAAAAUGUAUUACUACCAGGACUUAAACAGAGUUAAGACUUACACAGGAUAUGAAAGGACAUAAUAAAAUUUAAGCUACUUGAGUAUAUAGGAAAUAAUGUGCCUUGAUUAUUAUGAAAUAUGAUGAUUUUAGGUUCAGUUUUACUUCAGAUGUAUUUUUAAUACAGAUUCAAAAAUUAUGUCAUAAAAUUUCAGUUUUUCACUAAAUUAGGAUAGUAAAGUAGAAUACAAAGUAUCAACAAAAUGAAGAUAUAUUAAGUUUUGGGUAAUUAAUCCUGUACUCAGGGAAAAUUAAUAUCCAAGUAAAUGAUUGAUUUAAUUAGAUUUAAGUUGCCAGGUGAAUAGCUACAUGUAAAUAGAUUAGCCUAUUCAGAAAUGAUCAUUUCAAAUGCCAUGAAUAUAUUCUAAUAAAAAUUAAUAUAACAAUAUAUUAAAAGCUUUAUCUAUUUUC